AUGAAACGGAUGGUGUUCAAUAUUUCGGUGAGCUUAACAAAAGACCAUAGAAAUAUACGGAUGGCUUCUUUGGAAAACUAUCAAAAUACGUUUAGAGAGACGGCGUGCUGCACAUGCGAGGUCGUGUACGUUUGGGAGACGGAACCUCCUCGCUUCCCAUGUCAACAAGCCCUUCAUUGUCAGCUAGCCUGGAUGGAAUGCGUCUUUGUGCGUGUGCUCAGUUCAACCAUAAGUUAUUCAUAGUGCCAGCCAACAAACACUGUUUCACCGCAAACACUUUCUGCUCAUAA